UAACGCGGGCUAAACUUGCGUGCUUUGUUCGAUUAGUAGUUGAAAUUUCAGUGAAACAUGUUUAAUAUAAUAUAAUAUUAGCUUUAAGAUUCGUGGUAUUUUUGCGUUAGGGUGUGUUUGUGCUGUGCCAUAAAAUUAAUAUUCGUAUCUUAACCAUGCCAUCGAGUUGUGUUUUCGAAUUCGAUCGGCCCUGUCCGGUUUACUACAGCGGCGAAACAAUUAAUGGCCGCAUUGUUUUAAAAACAACAAGCAACAAGUCCGUCAAUGCCGUCUUCAUCUUGUUCGCGGGUGAGGCGAAGGUGCGUUGGGAGGAGCGGCGCACGCGCACCGUUAACGGUAAAACUGAAACGUAUACGGAAUAUUAUCGUGGCUCGGAAAAGUAUUUGAAUACACGCACAAAUGUCUUUGGGGAGGGCGAUUUGCCUGCAGGCACCCACACCUACACAUUCUGCAUACCCCUGCCGCUGGAAUGCCCGACGUCAUGUGUGGAGAAGUACGGCAAGAUCGCGUAUGAAGUGUCACUCGUAUUGGAUCGUUCCUGGCGCUUCAACAACGAGUUCAAACAGCCGCUGACCGUGCUGCAGACCUACAAUCUGAACAUGUAUCCGGAGAUGCUGAUCCCCAUUAAGAGCGAAGACAUCAAGUACUUUUGCUGCUGGCCCUGUUCCUCGGGUCCCGUUAUCUCGACUCUGACGAUACCCUUUGGCGGCUAUGCGCCGGGCCAGAGAAUUAACUAUACCCUGCAGAUAGAUAACCAGUCGCAUGGCUACGAUCUGCACGGCAUUGAAAUCUCCUUAAUACAGAUAUACGAGUUCCGAGCUAGUGUACCCAUGCAUAAAUCACGUACACACAAGAAUACUCUCUGCCAGGAGUACCAGCCGGAGCAUGUGCGGCGCUUAUCCAAGCGCUUGAUCAAUGCCAGCCUGGUUAUACCACCCGUGGCGCCCUCAUCACGGAUCAAUCACAUCAUAAACGUAUCCUACCAAAUCAAGAUGGCCAUCAGGACUGGAGAUUGCCAUUCGAACUCGGAAAUCGAUACGCCCAUCAUAGUUGGCACCAUACCACUGGCACAAAGUGCCCAGGAUCCCAGCCACGUGGCCGAGUGGAUACCCGAAACGCCGGAUACGCCAGCGGGUGCAUCAGCCGACAUGCCACCGAGCUAUGACACGUGCAAGCCGCCUUCGUUCGAGGAAGCUACGCAUAUUGGUGAAAGAUUCGUGGAUACGGACGUGAAUGAGCACAAUCGCACCGACGAUUUCGUACCACGCUAUCCCAUGUACACAAACUUUGCCACGCCUACGGCGCCGCCUGUGGAAACCGCAAGUGUGCCGCUGAUGUCACUGCCACAUGAUCCCAGUGCACCACCUCGAGAUUAGACAACCUCAAAGAUUAUAAUAUUAUGUUUCAAUACCUUAUAAGCCUUGUAUCAAGUUUAUACUUUUUUAAGAACAGCAUUAUUUUAUACGUUCUUUAAUUAAAAGUAAAUGAAUAUGCUUAUUGUAAAUUCUUUUGAAUAUAUACUGUAUAUAUAGCUAUUCAUUUGGCCAAAAGCCUCACAAUAAAGCCUACAAAUCUGGCUAAUCUAGCUGUCUUCCUAACAUAUACCACAUUAUGAUAUACCC